AUGCCCAGUUGGUGGAACAGCCUUUGGGGCUCAAACACCACAGACGACCCCCUAGGAAGCCUUGACCCCAAGCUUCGUGAAUACCUCGAGAAGGAGUCCCCUAUCAAAUACUCGAACUCGCAACCCCAACAAUCACAACAACAACAACAACCACCACAUCAGACACAACCCAAGGCAACUCCCGCCGCACACGCCACGCAAAGCGAACAGGAGCAAGUUCAGCCUCUAGUACCGAGAGAGUCGCAAUUCCAAGACGGCCGCUAUGCGCAUCUGUGGAAGAACUACCGGCCGCUGGCCGAGAUCGAGGCCGAGACCAAGAGCGACCAGGAGAAGAUCAUGGACGUGUUAGAAGGCUACAAGGAGCGCAAGAACCAGAUCGGCAAGGCCGCCCUGGAGAACUGCGCCCUGGAACAGGUCGACUGGCGCAAGUGCAUGAGCAAUCCCACCAUAACCGAGCGCUUCACCAUGUGUCGGGCCGAGAUCAAGAAGUUCGAGAGGUGCUACAACAUGCAGACGAGGUUAUUAAAGACCCUUGGCUAUUUGUCGACGGCGAACCGGUCGCCAGAACUCGAGGAGGAGAUACAGAUGCACGCCGAUGCGCUGUACCAGAAACUAGUACAGCAGGAAGCCGAGGUCGACGCCGCAAAGGCUGAGGGACGGCCGGUGCCCAAAUUCGCACCUGUCAUACCGAAAAAGCCAAUGAUCGCCAUACCAGAGGUGGAGCUCAGCGCAGAGCAGCAAGAGCUCAUGCAGACGAGGCUGGAGAAAGUGUCUGAAGACGAAAGACCAGCAGAAGCGGAGGCGUUCAAGGCAGAGCUCCGGGCCAAGGCCGAACUCCAGGGCAGGAUCAAGAGUAUUUGGGAUCAGCAGGCAGAGGAGAGGAAGGUCAGGCAAGAGCAAGGGCAAGGAUCAAUGUGGGAUAAGUUUAUGGGUACCGUCAGAGGUGGCGACGAGAAGAAGUAA